CCAGUUCUCGCGAUCUCCGAGGUCACAUACAUAUUACCCACAAUCCGUUCCCUUUCUCUCUCGUCCAUCCGCUCAAGAUGCCUAAAGGAAAGAAGGCUAAAGGCAAGAAGGUGGCCCCGGCCCCUGCUGUCGUCAAGAAGCAGGAGGCCAAGAAGGUGGUAAAUCCCCUGUUUGAGAAGAGGCCCAAGAACUUCGGCAUCGGACAGGACAUCCAACCCAAAAGGGACCUCACCCGCUUUGUCAAAUGGCCGCGCUACAUCCGGCUGCAGCGGCAGAGGGCUAUCCUCUACAAGCGCCUGAAAGUGCCCCCCGCCAUUAACCAGUUCACCCAGGCCUUGGACCGCCAGACAGCUACUCAGCUGCUGAAGCUGGCCCACAAGUACAGACCAGAGACAAAGCAAGAGAAGAAGCAGAGGCUGUUGGCCCGGGCUGAGAAGAAGGCUGCUGGCAAAGGGGACAUCCCCACCAAGAGACCCCCUGUCCUUAGAGCGGGGGUCAACACUGUCACCACUUUGGUGGAAAACAAGAAGGCCCAGCUGGUGGUGAUGGCACACGACGUGGACCCCAUCGAGCUGGUUGUCUUCCUGCCGGCCUUGUGUCGUAAGAUGGGGGUUCCCUACUGCAUCAUCAAGGGGAAGGCCAGGCUGGGGCGGCUUGUCCACAGGAAGACCUGCACCACCGUUGCCUUCACACAGGUGAACUCAGAAGACAAAGGAGCUCUGGCUAAGCUGGUGGAAGCCAUCAGGACCAACUACAACGACAGAUAUGAUGAGAUCCGCCGUCACUGGGGAGGCAACGUCCUGGGUCCCAAGUCUGUGGCUCGCAUUGCCAAGCUGGAAAAGGCGAAGGCCAAAGAACUCGCCACCAAGCUGGGCUGAGUGUACACAGCUGGUUUUUCUGUACAUAGAAAUAAAACUUACCCUUCAGCGGGUAUCCACGUGGCAUUGUGGGUUGAAGGUAUGCAUGUUUUGGGGCAUCACAGCAAAUGUGUGUUCAGACCUGCCCGGGGCCUUUCUCCUGUGAGGGUAGGAGCUGUGUGAAACUUGGAUUUAUGAUAUAUACUUUAAAGUGUAAUUUACGUGUCAAGUGUGGAAAACCUGUCAACUGUUUGGUCAUAACUCUGAAUGAACCAAGCCAGGAUUUUAUGGUCAGCCAGUUGCUAACUUAUUUAGGUGGAAAGAAAUAAAGGCACAGUGUGAA